AUGCCAACCCCAACCCCAAACACAUCGCAAAACAAGAAGCAACAACAACAGCCCCAACCACGUAACCAACACAUCUUCGAUCCCUGGAACACCUCCUCAACGGGGCACCAGCGCGCCGAAAACCCGUAUUCGAGAACAACCGAAUGGCGUGAUACGCGGAGGGAGAAGUUGGCGCGACAGUUUCAAUCUGAUCGGCACCAAGCGCCAUCGAGCGGGGGUAGUCUAAGUGGAGGGAGGGGGAGGAGUUGUAUACUUGGAAACGAAGGCAGAAGGGAAGAAGGGGAAUGGAAAUGGAUGACCGCGCAGGAGGCGGCGAGGAAUGAGCUCGGUGUUGCUGAUAUAAGGCGGUAUAUGGGUGGUAUCUCAAAGGCACAGCAACCGCAACCGCAACCGCAGCCGCAAACAAAACCGGAAUCGGAAUCGGAACAACAGUGUCAGCCCAUGAUCAAAGAGAAAUUUGCUGUUGAGCCUGCAGAGCCCACGACCAUACAACCACAACCAGAUACACAAGACCCUUCGGCAGAAGUCCGUCCGGAGGAUUCCACUCGAAGGAAAAAGAAAGGAAUAUUCACCUCCUUGACGUUCUACAUCAACGGCUUCACAUACCCAACAAUAUCAGACCACAAACUCAAACGUCUUCUUGCGGACGAAGGAGGAAGCAUUUCACUCUAUCUCGCACGGAAAUCAGUUACGCACGUCAUCCUCGGCGCUUCAGGUCUUGCUGGUUCUGGUAAUGGGGCAAGGAAGACAGGCGGUUUGCUAUCAGCCGGCAAAAUGCAAAAGGAGGUUUUGUCAAAAACGAGUGGGUUUGGGAAGGGGGUUAAGUAUGUUAAUGUCGAAUGGGUCGUCGAGAGUAUCAAAGCAGGUAAAAAGUUGCCAGAGGCCAGGUUUGCACCUUCCAGUGUCGUGCCUUCUUCGAGUAUAAGAGGUAAUGGAUUGGAGAGGUAUAAUACUACAAGUGUUAAGGGGGGAGGGGUGGGAGUACCGGCUGGACAGAAGAGUGUGUAUGAUAUGUUUAACAAGUCUACUAGAAGUAGUACUAGAUCUAAUGAAGAUAUUGGUUGA